CCAUACUUACUUCAUCAUCACUGUCAGCCAAUAGUCCAGCCAUCUUCAUCUCCAUCUUCUACCAUUGGUAAACGUGCCAACCUCUUCUCUAUCUUAUUAUCUAACACAGAAAAUGCUCAGAUUUUGAUCGCCCAUUUUUCAAUUCCAAUUCUAAUUUCCACCUCCUCAAACCUCCAUGGAUUCCACCGUUCAUCGUCGCCUUCAAUCAAUCCAACACCACCUCACCUCCGUCUCCAUCACUCAUCACUCGCCCCUCCUUCAAACAAAUCACACUUCCGCCGAGUUCGUUCUCGAUCAAGGUUACAGUGUUGUGCUUCCAGAGAAACUGCAAUCUGGAAAAUGGAAUGUUUAUAGAUCUGCACGAUCUCCUUUGAAGCUUAUGAGCAGGUUUCGUGAUCAUCCUGAAAUUGGGACACUGCAUGAUAAUUUUGUGCGAUCGAGUGAGACUUUCAAAGAUUAUAAGUACUUGGGUAGCAGAAUCCGUGUUGAUGGAACAGUUGGAGAGUAUAAGUGGAUGACAUACGGGGAAGCAGGUACUGCGAGGACUAACAUCGGUUCUGGUCUGUUGUAUAAUGGCAUCCAAACUGGUGCUUCAAUUGGAUUGUAUUUCAUUAACAGGCCUGAGUGGAUGAUUGUUGAUCAUGCUUGUUCAGCAUACUCGUAUGUAUCGGUUCCUCUUUACGACACUCUUGGUCCUGAUGCUGUCAAAUACAUAGUAAACCAUGGGGUCGUACAAGUCGUAUUUUGUGUUCCCGAAACCUUGAAUAUCUUAAUGAGUUUCUUGUCGGAGAUUCCAACUGUACGCCUUAUAGUGGUUGUUGGGGGGAUAGAUGAACACAUUCCAUCACUUCCUUCAACAACAGGAGUUAAAGUAAUAUCUUAUUCGAGACUCCUUAAACAGGGUCAUGGUAGCCCUCGUCCAUUCUGCCCACCAAAACCAGAUGAUGUUGCUACUAUUUGCUAUACAAGCGGUACAACUGGAACACCUAAGGGGGUUGUGUUGACACAUGGAAAUUUGAUUGCCAAUGUAGCUGGGGCAAGCCUUAAUAUCAAAUUCCAUCAUUCAGAUAUUUAUAUAUCUUAUCUUCCUCUGGCGCACAUAUAUGAGAGGGCAAACCAAGUCCUGGUGCUGUAUGCUGGAGCUUCAUCUGGUUUCUACCAGGGGGACAAUUUGAAGUUGAUGGAUGACAUGGCUGCUUUAAGGCCCACUAUAUUGGCCAGUGUUCCUCGGUUAUACAAUCGGAUAUAUGCUGGCAUUACUAAUGCCGUGAAAUCAUCUGGUGGUUUGAAAGAGAAGCUAUUUAUUGCUGCAUACAAUGCUAAGAAGCAAGCUAUAAUGAAAGGCAAGAAUCCUUCUCCGAUUUGGGACAGAUUGGUGUUCAACAAAAUACGGGAAAAGCUUGGAGGGAGAGUACGUUAUAUGGCUUCUGGUGCCUCGCCCUUAUCUCCCGAUGUCAUGGACUUCUUGAGGAUAUGUUUUAGUUGUCAAGUUUUGGAGGGAUAUGGAAUGACUGAAACUUCAUGCGUUAUUAGUAUUAUGGAUGACGGUGACAAUUUGUCGGGUCAUGUUGGCUCUCCAAAUCCUUCCUGUGAAAUAAAGCUUGUCGAUGUACCAGAGAUGAAUUAUACAUCGGAGGAUCAGCCAUAUCCUCGGGGUGAAAUCUGCGUGAGGGGGCCAAUUAUCUUCCAAGGUUAUUACAAAGACGAAGUGCAAACAAAAGAAGUAAUUGAUGAAGAUGGCUGGCUUCACACGGGAGAUAUAGGACUUUGGUCUUCUGGAGGUCGUUUGAAAAUAAUUGAUAGGAAGAAGAACAUAUUUAAGUUAGCGCAGGGAGAGUACAUAGCUCCGGAGAAAAUUGAGAACGUAUAUGCUAAAUGCAAAUUUGUCGGCCAAUGCUUUGUUUAUGGUGACAGUCUGAACUCAUCGUUAGUAGCAAUUGUGGCUGUAGAUCAGGAUGUGUUCAGAUCUUGGGCUGCAAAUGAAGGCAUCAAGUAUGAACACCCAGAAGAACUCUGCAGUAACCCAAAAGUUAAGGCUGCCGUGUUGGCUGACAUGGACGAGGUUGGAAGGGAAGCUCAGUUGAGAGGAUUUGAAUUUGUUAAGGCAGUGAAAUUGGUGCUUGAGCCAUUUACUCUGGAGAAUGGUCUUCUUACUCCAACUUUCAAGAUAAAAAGGCCUCAAGCAAAGGCGUAUUUUCAGAAAUAUAUAGACGAAAUGUAUGUCGAAUUAUCGUCGUCCGAUCCUUCCCUAAAUAGAACCAAUAUGGUUGCUUUCUAGGGCAUCAAGGAAGUUAGCAUCCAAGUUCGACUGAGAAAGACAAUAUUUGUUGUACGAGUUUGGUUACAAAGAAGACGAUACAAAAGAAGAAGAAAAAAAAAAUCGAAAUGGAGAGUUGUUUAUUUAAAUAAAUACAAUCAUUUAGUGACUAUAGUCAUAAUCUGCUUCCCUAGAAAGAUGCAUUUAUUUACAUGUUUUUUUUGUAUCCUUUGGAAAUAAAAUAUCAAUUUCUUCUUU